UAUAUUUUUAGAAGUCUAGAAAGACGUGUUUAUAUAUUUUUUACACAUCUUUAUAUUUUUAUUUAUUUUAUAUUGAAAUUCUAGACACUACCCUGAAACAAACCAUGAUAUUUAUAUCUAAAAUAUAUUUAUUAUUAUGAGAUUUUCUAUAAUUUUCUGGAGCAUUUUGCUGUCGUGGUCUUCUGAUAAUCAUUCCUCAUGGGUCUAAUUCAAUCUAUAUUUUGCUCUGUAACAUUCUGCGUCGAAAGAGUAUUAACAUGGACCUGUUGUGCGUUCUUACUGAUGUUGAUGAUGUUUACCAUCAUCGUUCUGAUGGUGUACGGCAUCGCUGUAGGGUACCAUUACGCACAGAAAGAAUUAGCAUCAUUUGCUGUGUCGUCGAGGUCAACGACACUGCCGCCCGGGCUGAACUUGCGGCGGGCGGGCGAGAGCGGAGUCGACGAGAGCCAGCCCGUGGUGCGGCUGGUGGCAGUCAACAGAUCCGAAGUGGAGCAUGCGCCGCAUCCUGAACUCGAGGUAUACCAACGGAUGAGACCAGGAGAAAAGGUUUACAUGGAUGCUUCUCCAUCACCGAUUGUUAUACUCGAAACAGAAAGGCCUCCAAAAGAACCAGAGCUAUCACCUCAAGAAAAAGAUCUGGCGCGUCGCCUCAUCGGCCGCUUCCGACGCUCUCGGAACAACACGGCGACAGCGAAGCCCUUCCUCCGACCACUGCGAGCUGUCAACGUCACCAGCACCAGCAUCACUAUAGACUUCACUGGCUUCACUUCUGUCAGGCCACUUACCUGAAUCUACUACAAUCUGCGGGAUUUGGCAAUUUAUAUCAUGAUUAUACGUUAAGUUCUUUUUUUUUACCAAAAUAAAAGUAUAUUUGAAAAUGGAAU